CUUCCACCUCACCUGCCUAGUGCCUGCCGCCUCUGUCAUUUAUUUUUGACCCACUUCUCUCGUUUCCGUACCCCCCACACCCCUCCCCCACUUUUCUGCUUUGCCAUGGGAAUGGUAGCAAAUCUCUUGGCUAUUGUCAUGUCGGCUUCAUUUUUCAACCCCAGCUUUGCCUUCAGUUCGCACUUCGACCCCGACGGCACGCCCCUGAGUGAGCUCUCCUGGUCCUCCUCUCUGGUGGUUGUUGCCGUUUCCUUCUCUGGGCUCUUCACCUUCAUCUUCCUCAUGUUGGCCUGUCUGUGCUGCAAGAAGGGGGGCAUUGGCUUCAAGAGCUGGAGAAGCGAAUCCCGGGAGAAGAGGCUGAGGAUGGUUUUGAGGUGUCUGCCCUGCACGGGGGCCAGCACAGUGCCCAAAGCAGCCUGUAAUGUAGAACUGGGGAACCCUGGGCAGCCCUCCCCCUGCCCCUUGACUAAGGAAUUUGAUAAUACUGAGGGAGAAGAAUAUGCUAGUGAAUUCUCGGCCCAGGGCUCACCAGCCACACAGAAUGGCCCUGAGGUUUACAUUCUGCCUCUCACCGAAGUCUCCUUGCCCAUGUCCAGGCAACCUGGACGCUCAGUGCAGCUACUCAAAUCCACUGACCUGGGACGCCACAGUCUGCUGUACCUCAAGGAAAUUGGCCAUGGAUGGUUUGGCAAGGUGUUCCUCGGUGAGGUGAAUGCAGGGCUGAGCAGCACUCAAGUGGUAGUGAAGGAACUCAAGGCCAGUGCCAGUGUGCAAGAUCAGAUGCAGUUCCUGGAAGAGGCCCAGCCAUACAGGGCACUUCAGCAUACCAAUCUCCUGCAGUGCCUGGCCCAGUGCGCAGAAGUGACACCCUACCUGCUGGUGAUGGAGUUUUGCCCACUGGGUGACCUGAAGGGAUACCUGCGGAGCUGCCAUGCAGCCGAGGCACUGGCUCCGGACCCCCUGACAUUGCAGCGCAUGGCCUGCGAGGUGUCCUGUGGCCUGCUGCACCUUCACCGCAACAACUACGUACACAGUGACCUGGCGCUGCGGAACUGCUUACUCACGGCUGACCUGACUGUCAAAAUCGGCGACUAUGGUCUUUCUCACUGCAAAUACAAAGAUGACUACUUUGUGACGGCUGACCAACUUUGGGUGCCAUUACGCUGGGUGGCACCUGAACUCAUCGAUGAGGUACAUGGCAACCUGCUUAUCGUCGACCAGACCAAGACCAGCAAUAUCUGGUCAUUGGGUGUGACCAUCUGGGAGCUCUUUGAGCUGGGCGGCCAGCCCUAUUCUCACUACUCGGACCGCCAGGUGCUCACCUAUGCCAUCAAGGAACAGCAGCUUAAGCUUCCCAAGCCACAACUCCCGCUCUCCCUGUCUGACCGCUGGUAUGAGGUGAUGCAAUUCUGCUGGCUGCAGCCAGAGCAGCGCCCCACAGCGGAGGAGGUGCACCUCCUGCUCUCGUACCUGUGUGCCAAGGGGGCUUCGGAAGUGGAGGAGGAGUUUGAGCGGCGCUGGAAUUCCAUGAAGCCCGGAGGGGGUGGAGGCUCCGGCUCCAGCCACAUGGGCGUCGAGCUUUCAUCCUUCCCCCUCCUGGAGCAUUUCUCCAACGACGGUGAUGACGUCCUAACGGUCAUGGAGACGAGCCACGGCCUCAACUUCGAGUACAAGUGGGACCAAGGCAAAGCCGAGCACCUGCCAGCCUCGGCCAUGAGCCCCCGUGGCGCCGCACGCUACCAUGAGCUCUACUAUGCGGCCAGCAGCAGCGGCGGCGGAAGGGGUGGCGGGGGCCACCUCAGUCUUGGGGUCUCGCCCUCCUGCUACGAGUGCAAAGUGCAAGGCUGCCCUGGGCUGCACACGCCGGGCGUGGUGCCUGUGCUGAGUGCGCACAGCCCCUCCCUGAACAGUGAGUACUACAUCCGCAUUGAGGAGGCAGCUUCUGAGGGCAGUGGGACGGACCUGGAUUACACCAUGUGCUCCUAUAGCCCGGAGUUUGGCCGUUCCUCCCGCUGGCAAAACAAGGAGGACCACUGUGACUCAAAUAAUAGUCCCACUGUCUCGCUUACCAUGGAGCCGCUUCUGGGCCACUCAGCACAUAGUGACAGCCACUGGGAGCCCCCUGACUAUUACUCCUAUGGAGGACAAGGGGACAAGGAGGUCCUGUACUAUGAUGAGGCCUCCCCGAAGGACAGUGCUGAGCACUUCCUGCUCAAGGAGCCCAGUGCCUCUGAAUGGCCCAUUCCAGCUGUGCAGAAGAGCAUCUUUGGGGACCCACUUGGGGUGUCGCCAUCAGUGACCUACACCUACAAGGAGGCCGUUUCAGACUCUGUCACUCUGAAACUGGAGGAAGAGGAGGAGGAGGAGGAGCAGGAGGAGGAGGAAAACCCAAGUUAUAGUCCUAGGAGUGAAGAAGUUGAGAAUGAUGAAUCCCCUUCAUCCAGCAAGCAUUGGACAUCCAAUACCUCGGCCAAUAACAAUAGCAGCCAUCCGCUGCCACCGUGCGAACCACCUGCCAAUGAUAGCUGGUGCUACCGGCACAUGAUUACCUUCCAGGGGCUCAUGGCAGAGCCACUGUGCAUAGUGCCACGGGACGAGCCGACGCUAGGGAUCAGAGACCUGCGAGCAGCCCUGCUGGGUGGGGAGCGCGUGGCAUCAUCUCACACAGGUUCUCUGUGUCCAGGCAUUGACUCACCUGCAGAAGAAAGAACAUCAGCUGAAGAUGCCAGCUUUGGGGAUGCCACCGAUCCCUUGACUGAGAGUGGAGUGGACCUCCAUCAAGUCACCACUCCACCACUGGGGGAAACAGAUUUGGUGGCAUUGGCAUCCUCAUCCAUGCCAGAACCUGCCAACUGCAUGGAUGGUGUGGGCAUAACUGUGCCAGAUGAGUUAAUAGCUGAAACACCAGGAAUUGGAGAGGACCCUAUCCUUGCCGCAGAGUCCUCAGCUGAAUGCCCACUUCAGGUGCCACAGGAGAUCCACCUAGAAAGCAGCAAGUGCAUCAACAGUGAACAGGACAGGACGCCAGACAAGACUGUUUCAAGCACCAGCUUUCCUGACCUAGAUGAGGCCAGUGAUGAGGAUACGGCGGAGCUGACGUCUGGAGUCUUUACUGACUUCCCAGUUGAUGGCCCUGAACGACAGGAUAUAAUGCCCACCUUCAAGUCCUUGCAGAAGCAGGUGGGGACCCCUGACUCAUUGGAGUCAUUGGAUAUCCCUUCGACCACCAGCUCCUGUGAAGCCUUCAGCCCCAUAGCCUAUGUGCCCUCAAGCCAGCCCAAGGCCCUGGACAGUGGCUACGAUACAGAGAACUAUGAGUCACCUGAAUUUGUCCUUAAGGAGCCUCACGAGCCCCGAGAGCCUGAAACAUUUGUCCAGCUAGGGAAGCUGCAGGAUGACAGGGAGGGCCCAGCCAAGGAGCUAAGCCUCUCCAAUUCCUUCAGUGCUGAGCUGCAGGGCUUAGACGAGAAGAACCCUUACCGGGACUCGGCCUACUUCUCUGACUAUGACACUGAAGGGGGAACUCGGGAGGAUGGGGAAGGUGACAGUGAUGGUUCUGAGGGGCCUGAGGUUUCCCAGACAGACACCGAAGGCCUGGGGAAGGACCCUGACCAAAAUGGCAGUGCAGGCGACUCUGGGCCUCCCUGUGUGGAUCUGACUUGCCCACAUGGAGACAGUCUGGGGUGCAUCUCCCCAGUGACUGAGGAGCAGGGUGCAAGGGAAGGUUUGUCACAAGAGCUGUUGGUGAAUGGAGUUGCUGAUGAUGAGCUGGACUCAAACUCAUCCAGAUUCAAGAGUGACGGUACAGUUGCCGUGCCUGAGACCCCAGCCCCCCAAACCAGAUCCUUCUUCUUGUCUCCCGUGGCUGUGAGUCUAGAGGCUCCUGCUGUAACUGGUGGGGAAGAUGUGGUUGUAGGGAAUGGAGGGUUGGAGAGUGUGGUAAGGGAGGCAGAGCAGCCUGGGGAAGUGCAGGGAAUUGGCUGUCUUGAGGAGACCCAGAGCAGUCCCGGGCUCUCACUGGACCUGUCGGUGGUGCCAGUGCCAUCCCGGCACUUAUCUGUCCCGACGGAUCUUGAAGAAGAGGAAGAGGACACAGAGGACAGCGAUGAGUCAGAUGAGGAACUGCGGUGCUACAACAUCCAGGACCAGAGUGAGGAGAGCGAGGAGGAGGCACCCACUGUCCCCAUCGUGGUGGCCGAGAGCCACAGUGCUCGUAACCUGCGCAGUCUGCUCAAGAUGCCCAGCCUGUUGGUGGAGACCUUCUGUGACGACCUUGAACGCAAGAAGAAAGCGGUCUCCUUCAUUGAAGAUGUCACUGUCUACCUCUUUGACCAGGAAAGCCCCACGAAGGAACUUGCAGAACAGCCUUUCCCAGGAGUGGCAGAGCCUCCCCUGGCACCGCCCAUGCAGAAGGAGAGCAACGGUUCCUCAAGCCCAGCAGACAGGACAGACACACCCAACAAUUCCUCGGAAGGGAGCACCUCUGAAGAGAGUAAGGGUGGUGGAUUUGAUUGGGAAGAUGACUUCUCACUCAUGCCAGUGAACUCCUCCGUCAUGUCGUCAUUGACAUCAGUGGCACCUGAGCCUGCCCUCCCCAGACUGCCAUCUACACUAGUGCCAGCUCAGAAGCAAGUGCUGCCCAUCCAGUUUUCACGCUUCACAGUCUCACCUGCCCCAGUGUCACGGUUCUCCAUCACACAUGUCACCGACUCAGACGUCAAGUCUGUAGGAGGCAGCAGCGAAAACGGCGACAGAGAGUGAGCUUGGCCACAUGUCUCCUUUUGGACUUCCCAUCUUGCCCCCUACAGCUUGGGUUGCUGCAUCAGGGCAAAGGAGUAAGAAUUGAGGCCCAGAACCUGGGUGGAGCAGAAGAACUCUGUGGGGGCCUCGCUCUAUUUUUUUAAGAGGCAGAUUUUAUCAGAUGGAUCUUGACUGCUGCUACGCUGGAGCCGCCCCACAGCGAGGCGGUUUGUGCUGAGCGUUUGGAUGAGUGUGUGUGUGUGUGUGUGUGUGUGUGUGCGUACGUAUGUGUGUACAGAUAGACAUAUAGACAUAUAGAACCUAUAGCAUUUAAAGGGUAGAUCUGUGACCUCGCUAACGUUGCUGCCCCUCCACCCAAGCCGUUUCGAUACCCCUGUCUCUAGCUCAUGCCUCUUGAUGUUUUGACCCACAUUGGCUUCCCAGGUUGGGAUAUCGCCUUGAGACGCCACCUCCUGCCUGUCCUGUAAGCUUGUCACGUGUUCUUUCCAAACCUGGCGUGGGAUACAGAAGGAGAGCAUCGAGCCUUGCACCUUGUGCCGUUUAGACCGGCUUCAGUUUGGCCCCCCAAGCACUGGUACUUCUUUCUGGUGUGGUGGUUGCAAGCCUUCUCUGCGUGCUGCGUCAAGAGAUCAGGUUGGGCUGUACAGCCAAUAUGGAAAAAGCCAAGAGAG